UUCUCCGACUCGUUGAAUCCAAAAGCUAGGGUUUAUGGGUUUGGGGGUUAAAAAUCACAGCUUUUUUCUUUCAAAUUUUACAAUCCAAAGAGGGGUCUGCGGAUAAGUAAUAUAUCAACUGCCCAGCACUCUCACAGCCCAGGUAUUCAAUGGAAUCUUUGAGUUCAACUCUACUAACCAGACUCUCUCCCAUCACGAACAUUAGCUAUACAUCACAAAAACCUCAGGUCUCCUCUUUCAUUGUCUCGUGCCCAAAACUAAAUCUCAGAAAAUCCCAUUUGGCUGCAAAACUAGGAUUGCAUAUCAUUGCAAAUGACACGAGAGGGUUCAAGUUUCGCAACAGUUUUCAAGAAGCUGAGAGUUAUGUGGGCAGUAAAAGUGCAAUUAGAAGGAAAAGGCUUGCAGUUUUUGUUUCCGGCGGAGGUUCGAACUUUCGGUCGAUUCAUGAGGCUACAUUGGGUGAUUCAGUUCAUGGAGAUGUCGUGGUUUUAGUCACGGAUAAACCUGGUUGUGGUGGAGCUGAAUAUGCAAGAAAUAAUGGUAUCCCUGUCAUAUUGUUUCCUAAGACCAAAUCCUCACCCGACGGAUUAUCAGCUGAUGACCUUGUCGCUACUUUAAGGAAUCUUAAUGUGGAUCUGGUUCUCCUUGCUGGUUACUUGAAACUCAUUCCCAGUGAAUUGGUUCAGGCUUAUCCGAGAUCAAUAUUAAACAUUCAUCCUUCUCUUCUUCCAGCUUUUGGAGGCAAAGGAUUUUAUGGUUUAAAGGUGCAUAGAUCUGUCAUUGCUUCCGGGGCAAGGUAUUCGGGUCCUACUGUCCACUUCGUGGAUGAACAUUUUGAUACUGGUCGUAUCCUUGCUCAGAGAGUUGUUCCCGUGUUACCAAAUGACACUGCAGAGCAGUUGGCUGCUAGGGUCCUACAUGAGGAGCACGAAGUCUAUGUAGAGGUGGUUUCAGCUUUAUGUGAGGAGCGCAUAGUUUGGAGAGAAGAUGGUGUUCCUCUUAUAAGAAGUAGAGAGAAUCCUGAUGAAUACAGUUAAUUAUUGGCUUGAGAUCCAUUUUUCUCUGAUCUAAAUCAUACUUAAUAAUUUUGGGGUUAUUUUUCACUUGACCCUUGUGACAAUCAAAUACAAAGUAGAUCGAUAAUUGUAUCGAUACUGAAACAAUUUAAAAAAUGUGGCUAUAAACUAGUCACUUUUGUUAUAACAGACGUACGCAAUAAACAUGUGUAAUAUGUGUUGAAAAUCUCUACAAAUUUCA